AUGAUCUUCAUCGUGCGUGUGUCACGCUCAACAACUAGCAGCACGUCCUCGCCUACUACAUCGUCAACAAUUAGCUCCACAACAAGCAGUACAUCAUCUUCAACGAUAUCUUCAACAACAAGCUCAACAACUAGCAGCACGUCCUCACCUACUACAUCGUCAACUACUAGCUCCACAACAAGCAGUACAUCAUCUCCAUCGACAUCUUCAACAACAAGCUCAACAACUAGCAGCACGUCGUCACCUACUACAUCGUCAACAACAAGCAGUACAUCAUCUUCAACGACAUCUUCAACAACAAGCUCAACAACUAGCAGCACGUCCUCACCUACUACAUCGUCAACUACUAGCUCCACAACAAGCAGUACAUCAUCUCCAACGAAAUCUUCAACAACAAGCUCAACAACUAGCAGCACGUCGUCACCUACUACAUCGUCAACAACUAGCUCCACAACAAGCAGUACAUCAUCUCCAACGACAUCUUCAACAACAAGCUCAACAACUAGCAGCACGUCGUCACCUACUACAUCGUCAACAACUAGCUCCACAACAAGCAGUACAUCAUCUCCAACGAAAUCUUCAACAACAAGCUCAACAACUAGCAGCACGUCCUCACCUACUACAUCGUCAACAACUAGCUCCACAACAAGCAGUACAUCAUCUCCAACGACAUCUUCAACAACAAGCUCAACAACUAGCAGCACGUCGCCACCUACUACAUCGUCAACAUCUAGCUCCACAAACUCGCCAAAUAUUCGAAUACAUUCCACUGCUACAAAAACAAUGACAUCAUCAGAGUCUACAUCAUCUCCAACGACAUCUUCAACAACAAGCUCAACAACUAGCAGCACGUCUUCACCUACUACAUCGCCAACAACUAGCUCCACAAGAAGCAGUACAUCAUCUCCAACGACAUCUUCAACAACAAGCUCAACAACUAGCAGCACGUCCUCACCUACUACAUCGUCAACAACUAGCUCCACAACAAGCAUUACAUCAUCUCCAACGACAUCUUCAACAACAAGCUCAACAACUAGCAGCACGUCCUCACCUACUACAUCGUCAACAACAAGCAGUACAUCAUCUCCAACGACAUCUUCAACAACAAGCUCAACAACUAGCAGCACGUCCUCACCUACUACAUCGUCAACUACUAGCUCGACAACAAGCAGUACAUCAUCUCCAACGACAUCUUCAACAACAAGCUCAACAACUAGCAGCACGUCGUCACCUACUACAUCGUCAACAACUAGCUCCACAACAAGCAGUACAUCAUCUCCAACGACAUCUUCAACAACACGCUCAACAACUAGCAGCACGUCGUCACCUACUACAUCGUCAACAACAAGCAGUACAUCAUCUCCAACGACAUCUUCAACAACAAGCUCAACAACAAGCAGCACGUCCUCACCUACUACAUCGUCAACUACUAGCUCCACAACAAGCAGUACAUCAUCUCCAACGACAUCUUCCACAACAAGCUCCACAACUAGCAGCACGUCCUCACCUACUACAUCGUCAACAACUAGCUCCACAACAAGCAGUACAUCAUCUCCAACGACAUCUUCACCAACAAGCUCAACAACUAGCAGCACGUCGUCACCUACUACAUCGUCAACAACUAGCUCCACAAACUCGCCAAAUAUUCGAAUACAUUCCACUGCUACAAAAACAAUGACAUCAUCAGAGUCGUCAUCCCUUCCAAAUUCGCCAACAACUAGCUCCACAACAAGCAGUACAUCAUCUCAAACGACAUCUUCAACAACAAGCUCAACAACUAGCAGCACGUCGUCACCUACUACAUCGUCAACAACUAGCUCCACAACAAGCAUUACAUCAUCUCCAACGACAUCUUCAACAACAAGCUCAACAACUAGCAGCACGUCCUCACCUACUACAUCGUCAACAACAAGCAGUACAUCAUCUCCAACGACAUCUUCAACAACAAGCUCAACAACUAGCAGCACGUCCUCACCUACUACAUCGUCAACUACUAGCUCGACAACAAGCAGUACAUCAUCUCCAACGACAUCUUCAACAACAAGCUCAACAACUAGCAGCACGUCGUCACCUACUACAUCGUCAACAACUAGCUCCACAACAAGCAGUACAUCAUCUCCAACGACAUCUUCAACAACACGCUCAACAACUAGCAGCACAACAAGCAGUACAUCAUCUCCAACGACAUCUUCAACGACAAGCUCAACAACUAGCAGCACGUCGUCACCUACUACAUCGUCAACAACUAGCUCCACAACAAGCAGUACAUCAUCUCCAACGACAUCUUCAACAACAAGCUCAACAACUAGCAGCACGUCGUCACCUACUACAUCGUCAACAACUAGCUCCACAACAAGCAGUACAUCAUCUCCAACGACAUCUUCAACAACAAGCUCAACAACUAGCAGCACGUCGUCACCUACUACAUCGUCAACAACUAGCUCCACAACAAGCAGUACAUCAUCUCCAACGACAUCUUCAACAACAAGCUCAACAACUAGCAGCACGUCGUCACCUACUACAUCGUCAACAACUAGCUCCACAACAAGCAGUACAUCAUCUCCAUCGACAUCUUCAACAACAAGCUCAACAACUAGCAGCACGUCCUCACCUACUACAUCGUCAACAACAAGCAGUACAUCAUCUCCAACGACAUCUUCAACAACAAGCUCAACAACUAGCAGCACGUCCUCACCUACUACAUCGUCAACUACUAGCUCUACAACAAGCAGUACAUCAUCUCCAACGACAUCUUCAACAACAAGCUCAACAACUAGCAGCACGUCCUCACCUACUACAUCGUCAACAACUAGCUCCACAACAAGCAGUACUUCAUCUUCAACGACAUCUUCAACAACAAGCUCAACAACUAGCAGCACGUCCUCACCUACUACAUCGUCAACUACUAGCUCCACAACAAGCAGUACAUCAUCUCCAUCGACAUCUUCAACAACAAGCUCAACAAUCAGCAGCACGUCGUCACCUACUACAUCGUCAACAACAAGCAGUACAUCAUCUCCAACGACAUCUUCAACAACAAGCUCAACAACUAGCAGCACGUCAUCCCUUCCAAAUUCGCCAACAACUAGCUCCACAACAAGCAGUACAUCAUCUCAAACGACAUCUUCAACAACAAGCUCAACAACUAGCAGCACGUCGUCACCUACUACAUCGUCAACAACUAGCUCCACGACAAGCAGUACAUCAUCUCCAACGACAUCUUCAACGACAAGCUCAACAACUAGCAGCACGUCGUCACCUACUACAUCGUCAACAACUAGCUCCACAACAAGCAGUACAUCAUCUCCAACGACAUCUUCAACAACAAGCUCAACAACUAGCAGCACGUCGUCACCUACUACAUCGUCAACAACUAGCUCCACAACAAGCAGUACAUCAUCUCCAACGACAUCUUCAACAACAAGCUCAACAACUAGCAGCACGUCGUCACCUACUACAUCGUCAACAACUAGCUCCACAACAAGCAGUACAUCAUCUCCAACGACAUCUUCAACAACAAGCUCAACAACUAGCAGCACGUCGUCACCUACUACAUCGUCAACAACUAGCUCCACAACAAGCAGUACAUCAUCUCCAUCGACAUCUUCAACAACAAGCUCAACAACUAGCAGCACGUCCUCACCUACUACAUCGUCAACAACAAGCAGUACAUCAUCUUCAACGACAUCUUCAACAACAAGCUCAACAACUAGCAGCACGUCCUCACCUACUACAUCGUCAACUACUAGCUCUACAACAAGCAGUACAUCAUCUCCAAAGACAUCUUCAACAACAAGCUCAACAACUAGCAGCACGUCCUCAUCUACUACAUCGUCAACAACUAGCUCCACAACAAGCAGUACUUCAUCUUCAACGACAUCUUCAACAACAAGCUCAAGAACUAGCAGCACGUCCUCACCUACUACAUCGUCAACUACUAGCUCCACAACAAGCAGUACAUCAUCUCCAACGACAUCUUCAACAACAAGCUCAACAACUAGCAGCACGUCGUCACCUACUACAUCGUCAACAACUAGCUCCACAACAAGCAGUACAUCAUCUUCAACGACAUCUUCAACAACAAGCUCCACAACUAGCAGCACGUCCUCACCUACUACAUCGUCAACAACUAGCUCCACAACAAGCAGUACAUCAUCUCCAACGACUUCUUCACCAACAAGCUCAACAACUAGCAGCACGUCGUCACCUACUACAUCGUCAACAACUAGCUCCACAAACUCGCCAAAUAUUCGAAUACAUUCCACUGCUACAAAAACAAUGACAUCAUCAGAGUCCUCCACAACAAGCAGUACAUCAUCUCCAACGACAUCUUCAACGACAAGCUCAACAACUAGCAGCACGUCGUCACCUAUUACAUCGUCAACAACUAGCUCCACAACAAGCAGUACAUCAUCUCCAACGACAUCUUCAACAACAAGCUCAACAACUAGCAGCACGUCGUCACCUACUACAUCGUCAACAACUAGCUCCACAACAAGCAGUACAUCAUCUCCAACGACAUCUUCAACAACAAGCUCAACAACUAGCAGCACGUCGUCACCUACUACAUCGUCAACAACUAGCUCCACAACAAGCAGUACAUCAUCUCCAACGACAUCUUCAACAACAAGCUCAACAACUAGCAGCACGUCGUCACCUACUACAUCGUCAACAACUAGCUCCACAACAAGCAGUACAUCAUCUCCAUCGACAUCUUCAACAACAAGCUCAACAACUAGCAGCACGUCCUCACCUACUACAUCGUCAACAACAAGCAGUACAUCAUCUCCAACGACAUCUUCAACAACAAGCUCAACAACUAGCAGCACGUCCUCACCUACUACAUCGUCAACUACUAGCUCUACAACAAGCAGUACAUCAUCUCCAACGACAUCUUCAACAACAAGCUCAACAACUAGCAGCACGUCCUCACCUACUACAUCGUCAACAACUAGCUCCACAACAAGCAGUACUUCAUCUUCAACGACAUCUUCAACAACAAGCUCAACAACUAGCAGCACGUCCUCACCUACUACAUCGUCAACUACUAGCUCCACAACAAGCAGUACAUCAUCUCCAUCGACAACUUCAACAACAAGCUCAACAACUAGCAGCACGUUGUCACCUACUACAUCGUCAACAACAAGCAGUACAUCAUCUCCAACGACAUCUUCAACAUCAAGCUCAACAACUAGCAGCACGUCUUCACCUACUACAUCAUCAACAACUAGCUCCACAACAAGCAGUACAUCAUCUCCAACGACAUCUUCAACAACAAGCUCAAAAACUAGCAGCACGUCCUCACCUACUACAUCGUCAACUACUAGCUCCACAACAAGCAGUACAUCAUCUCCAUCGACAUCUUCAACAACAAGCUCAACAACUAGCAGCACGUCGUCACCUACUACAUCGUCAACAACAAGCAGUACAUCAUCUCCAACGACAUCUUCAACAACAAGCUCAACAACUAGCAGCACGUCCUCACCUACAACAUCGUCAAUAACUAGCUCCACAACAAGCAGUGCAUCAUCUUCAACGACAUCUUCAACAACAAGCUCAACAACUAGCAGCACGUCGUCACCUACUACAUCAUCAACAACUAGCUCCACAACAAGCAGUACAUCAUCUCCAACGACAUCUUCAACAACAAGCUCAACUACUAGCAGCACGUCUUCACCUACUACAUCGUCAACAACUAGCUCCACAACAAGCAGUACAUCAUCUCCAACGACAUCUUCAACAACAAGCUCAACAACUAGCAGCACGUCGUCACCUACUACAUCGUCAUCAACUAGCUCCACAACAAGCAGUACAUCAUCUCCAACGACAUCUUCAACAACAAGCUCAACAACUAGCAGCACGUCCUCACCUACUACAUCGUCAACAACUAGCUCCACAACAAGCAGUACAUCAUCUCCAACGACAUCUUCAACAACAAGCUCAACAACUAGCAGCACGUCCUCACCUACUACAUCGUCAACAACAAGCAGUACAUCAUCUCCAACGACAUCUUCAACAACAAGCUCAACAACUAGCAGCACGUCCUCACCUACUACAUCGUCAACUACUAGCUCCACAACAAGCAGUACAUCAUCUCCAACGACAUCUUCAACAACAAGCUCAACAACUAGCAGCACGUCGUCACCUACUACAUCGUCAACAACUAGCUCCAAAAAAAGCAGUACAUCAUCUUCAACGACAUCUUCAACAACAAUCUCAACAACUAGCAGCACGUCCUCACCUACUACAUCGUCAACAACUAGCUCGACAACUAGCAGCACGCCCUCACCUACUACAUCGUCAACAACAAGCAGUACAUCAUCUCCAACGACAUCUUCAACAACAAGCUCAACAACUAGCAGCACGUCCUCACCUACUACAUCGUCAACAACUAGCUCCACAACAAGCAGUACAUCAUCUUCAACGACAUCUUCAACAACAAGCUCAACAACUAGCAGCACUUCCUCACCUACUACAUCGUUAACAACUAGCUCCACAACAAGCAGUACAUCAUCUCCAACGACAUCUUCAACAACAAGCUCAACAACUAGCAGCACGAGCAGCACGUCCUCGCCUACUACAUCGUCAACAACUAGCUCCACAACAAGCAGUACAUCAUCUCCAUCGACAUCUUCAACAACAAGCUCAACAACU